UGUGCAGCCACAGAGAAAAUACAUUUUAGCGUCUGUGUAUACGAGAAAGCUCUUUUUGUCACCGCCAAGUUAUGGUUGCCGGAAAGAUCGAGACUUUGAUCGAUUCAUUGAGGGAUUUGUCUCCGACACGCGUCAGAUCCUCCUCUGCUGAUGAAUAUGUAUAUGAGAAAGACGGCGAGAGAAGCUCCUGGAUUGCUCUUCAUCCCUCGGCUUUGGAUUUGUUCGACAAAAUCAUGAGUGAUGCAGAAGGCAAAGAAAUUAUUAUGUUUCUUGAUUACGACGGAACUCUAUCACUAAUCACUGAAGAUCACGACAAAGCUUACCUAACCGACGAGAUGCGAGAAGCUGUAAAGGAAGUAGCUAUAUAUUUCAAGACAGCGAUCAUCAGCGGAAGAAGCACAGACAAAGUGCAGAGUUUUGUGAAACUCACUGGAAUUCACUACGCCGGGAGCCACGGAAUGGACAUCAAGGGUCCGACCAAUACCGAUAAGACUAACCAAGAAGUGAUGUUCCAACCUGCAAGUGAAUAUUUGCCGAUGAUCGACGAGGUGGUUAAUAUCUUAAAGGAAAAGACAAAGUCGAUCCCCGGAGCUGCGGUGGAGCACAACAAGUUUUGUCUCACCGUACAUUUCCGCCGAGUAGAUGAGAAGGGAUGGGCUGCAUUAGCCGAGCUAGUGGAAAUGGUACUCAUUAAUUAUCCGAAACUGAGACUGACCCAAGGCAGAAAGGUGCUAGAACUUCGACCUUCCAUCAAAUGGGACAAGGGAAAGGCUCUCGAAUUUUUGCUAAACUCAUUAGGAAUAGCAGAAUCUAAAGAUGUUUUACCGGUUUACAUUGGGGACGACCGUACCGAUGAAGAUGCAUUCAAGGUUUUACGUGAAAGAGGACAAGGUUUAGGGAUUGUUGUCUCGAAAACCUCGAAGGAAACCAACGCCUCUUACUCGCUUCAAGACCCAUCUGAGGUUCAAGAAUUUCUGAAGCGUUUGGUAAAGUGGAAGCAACACACACUUGGACAAAGCAAAAAGAAUCAAUUCAUAAGAUAGAUGGAGUUACGCACGUGUUUUCAUUGUCAUUCUGAUAUAUAUGAGAUUUUCAAGUGAAAUAUAAAUGAUGAUCUCAAUCUUUAGCUUUACUAAUUAUAUGAAUAACCGCGCAUACGCGUGGUUUUAGCUGUUUUAGUCUCAUUGUGCUAUUUCUAUCAAAUUAAACAAUAAUAUGAUCUAUGAAUUAUAUGU